AUGAGCUCAUACUUCUCCUCCCUGACCACCUCCUCGGCCAUUUCUGGCCUAGGCUCUCGUCUGACCAACCUCCGCCGAGCCAUCACCCUAGGUGACGAAGGCGACGACCCCGAGAACGAAGACUGCUCCCACAUCUCUAACGCCCUCCGCGCCUAUUACAACGAAAAAGGCCGGCCUUUCCCACCAUGGCUGCCUCAGGAUCCUAAAGCCCCAGUCUCGACGCCCUCCUCGCGCCAAAUCGCAACUACCCAACUCUCCGGUGGCCAACAGCCCAGCUACGGCCGCAGCGGCGGUCUAGGCGAUCUCUGGGGUGAUUCCGCGCCUCAAGCUCAAGCCCAGAACCCACAGACCGCUAGUCUACGUCGUGGCCGCGGAGGCACUGCACCACCUCUCGUCGCCGCCAACAGCGCACCACCUGGCCCCGUUCCCUCCGGCUCCCCGCCCGUUUCCCGGUCUCAGUCUGGCUCCCCGGGCAACCUCCACCCUGCAGGAGCAAGACCCUUACCCAGCCAGCGUGCUGGAUCGCAUCAGUCGGCCCAAGCCCGUGUCAACCUCGACCGUGCCGGGUCAGGUGGUGGCUCGGCGCAGGAUCGGUUGCGGGCCAGAUUGCAGGGCGGCCGGUCUCCUAGCCCCAAUGUCGAUCCCAGUGUGAGGAAACCAGUGGGUGGAAUGGGCCGACGCUGA